AUGCACAGCCUUCCUGGGCGAAGAGGAAAUGGUUGCCAAUGUCCUCCACCAUGGCCCAGUCAACCAGUUUACCAGUUUUCCGCCAGUCUCUUGGUCAACUACAGCAGAAGUCAUGACUUGGCUCUGUCGACAAGCAACGAAGCUGUGGGCUCUGGUCCACUGAUCGGUAGAGGCGCCACCAGACAGACUUAUUUGGACCAAUUGACUCAUGAUGAUGAUGACCCGGGUGUCAGUAGAUCGGAUAGCGGCUCUAUUCCAGCCGGCAUGGUUCAAUGUUGUACGGUACCGACCUCAAGCAACGCGCGUCAGUGCCCACCACCCAUCUCUGGCCCAGGAGCUGCACUGGAACACGAGCUUCUACGUGCAAUAUUCCAAACUUGGUCGUUUGGCGGUCGCCUAUCUGGUGAUGCUCAGCCCCAAUGUCAAACGGCACUAUUUACGGUUCACAUUUGCUCACCUUUGCCGUCGUGCCGUGCGCCAAGUCCGGAAUGUCCAGCCAAUCCUCGCCAGCGUUCAACCGCCUUCGCGUGCUGCCCAAAACUCAGCCAUGCCGAAGAAGAAGGCAUCAUUGAUACGUCUUCAAACAAUGGCGGCCGGUCCCGGAAGUCUACUGCGUUGAUGCUCAGAAGGUCUCCAUUGAUGAGCGCCAUCAACAAGAAAGUUGCUUCUUGGAGCCAGCAUGGACACCAGCUGAAGAAGAUCAGCUUGCGGGACUUGCUCUCUAGUGUCGGUUUCAAUCUGAAAAGCUUGUUGACUCCCGGCGCGAAGUGCCACAGUUGUUUUUAG